AUGGUGAAACGUAUGAUGCCAGCACGCGAGCUCCGUGUCAUAAAAGUAGUCAGAAAGAAGCGGGCAGCGUCAGGGAGGCUAUCCGAUACCUCCGAAGAUUGCAAGAAGGCCAUCUGGCGGAUUGGGCAGCCAUGUGAUUGGCAGACUUCCAAG